CGCCCCUCCGGUUCAGAUGACGCACUGAGCCCCAGUAAAGAUGUCUCCUUUCCCGGACGAGGUGGACGUGUUUACCGGCCCUCACUGGCGGAUGAAGCAGCUGGUGGGCCUGUACUGCGAUAAGCUGUCCAAAACCAACUUCUCCAACAACAAUGACUUCCGCUCGUUCCUCCAGUCCCUGUGCGCCACCUUCAAGGAGUUCAAGAUGCACGAGCAGAUUGAGAACGAGUUCAUCAUCGGGCUGCUGCAGGAGCGCUGCUGCACCGUGUACAACGUGCACUCGGACAACAAGCUCUCAGAGAUGCUGUCGCUCUUUGAGAAAGGCUUGCACAACGUGAAGGUAAAUCUAAAACAUGCUGACGGAGUAGUUUGUGGUCCCGCGCGGCAGUCAGGGUUAACUUAAAGGGACACCAUGCUU